AUGGCUACGAAGUAUCAUGAAGGACGAAGCCAUUCAGGACUAUCUCGCACACCAAUCGUGUGGCAAUUCAAUCUGAGUAGAGCCCCAUGGUGGGGUGGACAAUUUGAAAGGUUGGUGGGUAUCGUGAAGUUAGCACCUUACAAGUCCAUUGGACGAGGAUUUCUGAAUUGGAAUGAACUAGAAGAGCUCAUGCUAGACAUAGAAGUGUCAAUCAACAACCGUCCACUUAGCUAUGUGGAGGAUGAUGAUGAUAAUAUAAAGCAAAUUUUAGCUAUGGUGAAGCACUGUAUAGCUUAUGGGUGCUCAAAUAGAAGUUCUAAACCUGAAUGCAGCGGUUUAUCAUGGCAUUUGUUGCCGUUAAACGACAAGAAGUUGCUUGCCGAGUGGCUCGUAAAAAUACGCCGCGAAAAUACUCCAGUUACAAAAAAUUCUUAUCUCUGCAGUGAACAUUUCGGUAAAGAAUGCUUCAUAAAACCAAUUGGCGGUCAAAGAAGACGUCUUAAGCAAGGAUCUGUGCCUUCAAAAUUCUCUUUUAUCCAGGAAAAGCCUGGGAGAAAGAAACCAUGUUACCGAGCACAACAAACUAACACGGUCAAGCAGAUCAACAAUCCUGUGGAAGUAAGGUCGAACAGUGACACAAGCAUGACAGAUGAGAUUGGAAAUAAUAGUGAGGCAGGAUCAGAUAUUGGACACGCAGCUGAUGGAAACAAUAGCGAUUUACCUUAUGUUGAUGUCGAGAGAGAGUUGCCUAUGCAAGAAAAGUACACACGCCUGCUGAAUGAAUUCGAAGCAAUGAAGCUCGAAAUGACUAACAAAAUAAAAGAACUAGAAAAACAGAUAGAAGAAGAUCAAGAAGUAAGGAAAGAACUUGAAUUGCAACUGAUUCGAGGGAAAUUUAGUAUCGAGACUGUAAAAGAUAAUGACAAGCUCUUAAAAUUCUACACUAGUUUUGAGAAUUAUAAAGUGUUUUCUAUGGUGCUGGAUUUCCUUGGCAGAGAUGCUGCUUCUAAUCUGGACUACAAGAACAAAAACACUGAACAAAAAAACUACACGUAUAAACCUGGUCCCAGUAGAGUCUUUUCUGUGGAAAAUGAAUUUUUUAUGGUUUUAUGUCGCUUAAAAGUUGGUUUGCUGGAAGAGGAUUUAGCUGCCAGAUUUGGUGUAGCCCAGAGCACUGUCUCUUCAAUUAUAAACACCUGGAUUAAGUUUAUCUUUUACAGGUUCAGAGAGCUUGAUGUGUUUCCCCCACGAGAGAUUGUUCAAUUACACAUGCCGGAAUGCUUUAAAAAAAAAUAUCCAAGCACAACUCUGAUAAUAGAUGCUACAGAAAUCUUCAUUGAAAAACCAAACAACCCAGAAGCCCAACAGCUAACUUUUUCUUCCUAUAAAAAUGCCAACACUCUAAAAGCUUUAGUUGGCAUUGUGCCAAAAGGGGGGAUAUCCUUUGUCUCAACACUGUUUGGUGGCAGCAUUUCAGAUAAGGAACUCACUGAAAAGUCAGGACUCAUUGAUAAACUACAAAGAAAUGAUGUCAUUAUGGCAGACCGUGGUUUCAACAUUAGUAAUUUACUAGCUGAGAAAGGAGUCAAAGUCAAUAUCCCACCGUUCAUGAAUGUAUCGGGCCAAUUUGAAGAAAGUGAACUUCUUGAAACCAGGCGAAUCGCCACAUUAAGAAUUCAUGUUGAGAGAGCUAUGGAGAGGAUCAAGAAUUUUCACAUUUUGGACUUUAUUCCCAUUACUUUAUGUCGAAAUGGCAUAAUUGACAUGAUCUUUUUUGUUUGUGCCAUGCUAUCAAAUUUUCAAAAGCCUUUAGUCAAUGGUUAAGCUCUAAUACAAUCAUAGCUGUGAGACACUGAAGUCCUCCUGACUUGAAGUUUGCAGAACAUUCUAGAGCUUUUAGAUCUUUCAAGAGCAGUCACAAUAUUAUGUAAUACAAGUUUAGUCACAUCUUGAAUUUAGAAAAACACAGCUGUCUGCUUGUGUUACAACACAGAGGAUGGUUGGUUUGGGAGCCAAGGCCUACUUUGGCCAAAUAAAGUCAAGCUAAAAAUUGUGAAAUAAAUUUAAUAUUUUACACUAGUUUAGUGGUGAAUAUAUUUUUGCACUCGUUAUAGUCUAUCAUAAAGUUAAAUAUGUUAAAGAUAAUUUGUGGCUAUAACAAAAUGGCAUAUUUUAGGUCAAUCUAAGUUGAGGCAAAUGGUCAGCGGUUUCCCAAUAAAAUUGCGCGAAACGAGGCCAAAGGUUACAAAUGGCGGGAAAUAAUGACAUGGAACAAGUAACAAAAAGCAUUGAUCCUCCGAAUACUACGCCUCCUAAUGCUUUUUUUAGCGAAGAAGAUCGUGUUCAAAUGCUCAGCGGUGUAUGUCCACGGAAAAUAACAAAAGAUUCUUUAAAGCAAUGGUUGAGUUAUCGAAAAGGCACGUCAAGAAAUGGAAGCGCUUCCUCCAACGACAACAAACCCGAGUUGUUUCGAAGGUUCGAAAUUUGUUGUUAUAGUAGUUUAAUGGCUUUUAGUAUCUUUGUAUUAGUUAAUUUAAAUAUAUUUUUA